CAUAGUGUCCCAACACAGUCCAGUCGUAGGUAGGGGUCGCUCUCUCUCUCUCUCUCUCUUUCUCUAUCUGUUGUCUGUCUGCUUGAGAGAACGCGGAAAAUGGCGAGUCCCAAUUCGAGGACGCCCGGCGAGAAGAGCGUCCCCUGCGACUUCUGCACCGACCGGUUGGCCGUCCUCUACUGCCGCAGCGACGCGGCCAAGCUCUGCCUCAUCUGCGACCACCACGUCCACUCCGCCAACCUCCUCUCCCGCAAGCACCUCCGCUCCCAGAUCUGCGACAACUGCGCCUCCGCCCCCGCCUGCGCCCGCUGCUCCACCGACAACCUCGUCCUCUGCCAGGACUGCGACUCGGACGCCCACUCCGCCUCCCCCGUCCCCUCCUCCCACCAUCGCUCCCGGAUCGACGGCUUCUCCGGCUGCCCCUCCCCGCUCGACCUCGCCUCCCUCUGGGGCCUCGAUUUGGCCGACGAGGGCAAGGGGUCGGCCCACUCCGCCCGGGACGAUUCCCAGCUGAUGCAAGAUGUGAUUUCGAGCAUGGAGGGUUGGGUGUGCGGGGCCAAUGGAAACGGGUUCGGCUUUCAGGACUUGAUGGUGCCCAAGGACGCGGCUUUGGCGGCUCCUUACCCCGGCGUCGUCAAGCAGGGAUCGACGGGUCGGACGAACUGCGGGAGGCGUAAGCAGGAGAUGCACAAGCAGUUGGUGGAGUUGCUGAACAGCGAUCUUGAGGAUAAUUCCGACGGCGGAGGUGGAGGCGGAGGGGGAGGGGGAGGAGAUAAUUUGGUGCCGAGGACGCCAAAUAGGACGACGGCCGCGUGGCCGGAGAAUGGGGAAGAGAUCUGUGGGGAGCAUCGACACGGGAGUGAUGGGGUUGAUGCGGUGGUGAUGGAUCAUCACGAGCCAUUUCAACAGCCGCCGACUUUUACUUCUUUGCUGAUGUUCCCGACGCAGCGUGAUUUGGAGGAGACCGGACGGAGUGUCGUCGGAGUGGGGACUAGUAAUGUCGCCGGCCAGAGUACUCAGAUCUGGGAUUUCAACUUGGGACGGUUGAGGAGUCAAGAAGAAGCUAGUGCAGUGGAAGUUGGAUAUGGCGAAAGUAACGAAGGUUUUAUGAUCAAGAGUUACGAUGAACUAAUGAAAGAGACAUCAAUCAUGACUACAAAAAUGUUUGGGGAUGUGUACCAGCUGAAUGGAUAUCUCUUGCCUGAGGAUAUCGCAUUGUACAAUGCCAAUUCAAGUAACCUGGGUGCGAGCCAAGGGCCAGCAACAUCUGAGAGUAACAACUUACCCAUGCCCAGGGCUAAAGCCAAAGGCUCUACUAACUCCAAGGGUUACAAUUUUGCGGAUCAGACAUUGAUCACGAGUGGCAAUGACAUGGGAAUGGCGGUGAAGACAAAGGCUGACUUGGAGUUGCUGGCUCAAAACAGAGGCAACGCCAUGCUCCGUUACAAGGAGAAGAAGAAAAACCGGAGAUACGAGAAGCACAUAAGGUAUGAGUCGAGGAAGGCAAGAGCCGACACCAGGAAGCGAGUCAAGGGUCGGUUCGUGAAGGCUAGCGAAGCCCCUUGAUUGUGUUGCCUGUAGUAGCCAGAUGAGCUGCUCCCUUCUUCACUCUCUCUCUCUCUCUCUCUCUCUCUCUCUCUCUCUCUCUUUUCCUCAAUUCUUUGUUUGCUUGUAAAUAAUCUUUUGACAAAAUCAGCCUGUCUCCCCAUGUUGUAGUGUAUGAUUUGAGCAAGUCUUAGAUUACGUGUAUUUGCUGUCAUUACUCGUCGGUUAUCCUCCUCUCUUCUUAUAUAUCAAGCAUUCUUGCUAGGGAUAGCUGAUGAUUAUUCCAA